ACCGGUCAGGACAAACAUUAGCAUGGCAAGCACGGCCGUUCAGUUACUUGGCUUCUCCCUCAGUCUGCUCGGCCUAAUUGGGACAUUAAUUGCUACUAUUCUGCCGCACUGGUGGCGAACGGCGCAUGUGGGCACCAAUAUUAUAACAGCUGUGGCGUACAUGAAAGGGCUCUGGAUGGAGUGCGUCUGGCACAGCACCGGCAUCUAUCAGUGCCAAGUGCACCGCUCGCAGCUUGCGCUGCCGCCUGACCUCCAGGCAGCCCGUGCCAUGAUGGUAAUUUCCUGCAUCCUUUCUGCACUGGCAUGUGUGAUUGCCGUCGUCGGUAUGAAGUGCACGCGCUGCGCCAAGGGGACCUCUGCCAAAGCCUCCAUCGCGGUCUCCGGAGGGAUUGUUUUCAUCCUGGCCGGUCUCAUUUGCCUGGUACCCGUUUCCUGGACCACUAACGACGUCGUUACAGAUUUCUACAACCCGCUGCUUCCCCAGGGGAUGAAGUAUGAGAUAGGCCAAGCUCUGUACCUGGGCUUUGUCUCCGCAUCGCUGACCAUCCUCGGCGGGGCCCUGCUCUGCACCUCGGGCCAGUGCAGCACAGGCCAGGCCCCGCACCAGCCGCGGCCCCGCAGCGCCAGGACGGCUCCCUCCUGCAGACCACCAACUGCCUACAAGGGAAACCACGCUUCUUCCCUGACAUCUGCUUCCCAUAGUGGCUACAGAUUGAAUGACUACGUGUGAGUUCCCUAUGAGCUG